UUCUAAAAAAAAAAUGACUGAAAUAAAGGAAAUGGUAGUUAUUGUAAAAUGGAGUGGCAAGGAGUACCCGCUGACUGACCUCACCGACCAGGACACCGUUGAGGUGCUGCGCCACGAAAUCUUUCGAAAAACACAAGUGCGUCCGGAACGCCAAAAGCUGUUGAAUCUGAAGCACAAAGGCAAACCCGCUGCUGACAAUAUUAAGCUAUGCAAUCUGGAGCUCAAGCCCAAUUUCAAGCUGAUGAUGGUGGGCUCAACGGAGGCGGACAUCGAGGAUGCCUGCAGUCUGCCCGAGGACAUUGGCGAGGUCAUCGAUGACUUUGACGAUGCCGAGGAGCGGGAGGAAAGCGUGGAGAACUCAGCCGUGUAUCUUGCAAAGGUGCAGCGACGUGUUCGAGACUACAAAAUCGCUGAGUUGUCGCCGGCACGCGAAGGAAAACAUUUGCUAGUGCUGGACAUCGAUUACACGCUCUUUGAUCAUCGCUCGCCGGCAGAGCAAGGCACAGAACUGAUGCGUCCGUACUUACACGAGUUCCUUGCUUCCGCUUAUGAGCACUAUGAUAUUGUCAUCUGGUCCGCAACCAGCAUGCGUUGGAUUGAAGAGAAGAUGCGUUUGCUCGGUGUGACUACGAAUGAAAACUACAAGAUCAUGUUCUACCUCGACUCGAAUGCAAUGAUCUCAGUGCAUGUGCCAGAUCGUGGUGUGGUGGAUGUGAAGCCAUUGGGCGUCAUCUGGGGACUGUACAAACAGUAUAGUUCCAAGAAUACGAUUAUGUUCGAUGAUAUACGUCGCAAUUUCAUGAUGAAUCCCAAGUCUGGUCUCAAAAUUCGUCCAUUUCGCCAGGCGCACUUGAAUCGCAACAGUGACAAGGAGCUGCUCAAGUUGUCCAAGUAUCUGCGCCAGAUUGCACUCUACUGCAAAGACUUUAAUCAGCUCAAUCAUCGCAAGUGGGAGCACUACGAUCCCAAGAAGAGCUCUUAACUAAAUCUCUCCUCGCUUGUUUGUAAGAUUCGCUUAAUUUUUAUUCAAUUAAAAUGUAUUUUUUAACGCUUCGUAA